AUGCGGCCCCCGACGGCUCGGGACCUGCCCCGAGGACGCCCCGCUGUGCCCGCAGGCGGGCGCCUGGCGGCCCUGCUGCUGGCAGCGCUGGCGUGGGUGCCCGGUGGGUCGCCCGCCUGCCCCGCACUCUGCACCUGCUACGUCUCGCCGCCCACCGUCAGCUGCCAGGCCAACAACUUCUCCUCGGUGCCCACGGGGCUCCCGCCUGGCGCCCGCCGCCUCUUCCUGCAGAACAACGUCAUCAGGGCGCUGCGGGCGGGCACCUUCGGGCCCAGCACUGUCACCCUCUGGCUCUACUCCAACAACAUCUCCUCCAUCCAGCCGGGCACUUUCCGCCACCUGCCCGCCCUCGAGGAGCUCGACCUGGGUGACAACCCGCACCUCCGUGUCUUGGCGCCCGAUACCUUCCACGGCCUCCGGCGCCUCCAGGCCCUGCACCUCUACCGGUGCCAGCUGGCCAGCCUGCCCAGCGCCAUCUUCCGUGGCCUCCACAGCCUCCAGUACCUCUACCUGCAGGAGAACGGGCUGCUCUACCUCCAGGAUGAUCUCUUUGCCGAUUUGGCCAACCUGAGCCACCUCUUCCUGCACGGCAACCGGCUGCGAGCUCUGUCCGAGGGUGUUUUCCGCGGGCUGCCCAGCCUGGACCGCCUGCUGCUGCACGCCAACCGCCUGGCCACCGUGCACCGCCGCGCCUUCCACGGCCUGGCCCGCCUCACCAUCCUCUACCUGUUCAACAACAGCCUGGUGGCUCUGCCCGGGGACCCGCUGGCCGCGCUGCCCUCCCUGCAGUUCCUCCGCCUCAACGCCAACCCCUGGGCCUGCGACUGCCGUGCGCGCCCGCUCUGGGCCUGGUUUCGCCGCACUCGCGUCUCCAGCUCGCCCGUGCCCUGCGCCAGCCCCCCGCACCGCCGUGGCACCGACCUGCGGCACCUGCGGCCCCGUGACUUCGACGGCUGCCCUGAGGAGGACGAGGAGGAGGACGAAGGCAAAGAUGAGGAUGACAGCGACGGGGGUGGUGGCGGUGGCGGGGCGGUGGCCGUGGUGGGCACCCCCGGGCGGGCGCUAGGCCGCCCCGGCACCCUGCCUGCCGCACCGCCUUCCGCCUUCUACCGCGACGGGCUGCCGCCCCACGACCUGCGGGGCUCCCAGCCCCGGCCGCCCCCUCCGUCCCGUGACUCCCGCGGCCCCCCCGGGGACAGCCCCGUGGCUGCGGCCCCCCGCCCGGCCCCCACCCUCCUGCCCCUGCUGGGCCUGCUCCUACCCCAUCUCUGAGCCCGACCGGGGGGCCUCCGGACCCCUCUCAGGUCCUCCCGAGGUGCUCGGGGGCAGGAGGUGUCCCCAGGACUCUGCUCCCACCCGUCCCGAGUGAAAAGAACCCACGCAGGCACCGCGCGGUUGGGAAUUCUUUAUUAAAAAUGGUCUUAUUUUGGGAGCGUGGGGCCCAGCGGCUGCGGCGCUGGCUUUCCAGGUCACGGCGCUUUCUCCUCGUGAAAUAUUGAUGGCCCCAGCACCGCUGCUGCCGGCCGCAGGGCCCCAGGGCGCACGCACCGCUCGCUGCGGCACGGAUGGACGGACGUACCGACGUUACACUCAGCAACGCCACCCUGUUGUCACGCCUGUGACACCUCGCACACCCGCUGCUUGCACGACAGGCGCACAGUGGGGCGUAAUGCGACCCACGAGCUGUGAGGACAGCGAGUGUGCGCACAGCCUGACCCACUUCCUGCCAGCCCCGGGGAUGCGCCGGCACAGGCGCAGUGUGUGUGUAUGGAUGGAUGGACACACAGUGCCCACCCCCAGGCCGGGGUCUCUCUGGGUGGGUGUUCCUAUCUAGCAACCCUGUGCAGGUCUUCCUUGCCCGGUGACCCUGCACAUGUGUGCAUAUCUGUAUGUGCAGCUCCGGGGUUGCCUCCAUCCAUGUGUCCCCCCUAUGUGUCCCCGUAUGGCUGUCUCUGUGUGGUCCCUUUCAGGUGUGGAAAGGGCAUUGUUCCUCUCCAGCUGUCCAUACCGGAUACCGUCCCAGUAACAGUCCCCAUAGAGGUGUGUUUUCUCACUGCCCUCCUGCAAGUGUCCCUUUGUGGCCAUUUCUCCAGGUAUCCCCCAAUGCCCCCCAGCAAGCAGAGUGAGGGGCACAGACCCAUCCCGACCUCAUAAGGGAUAAGGAAGGUCCCAGCCUAUCUCUGAGGCUGACGUGGGCACGGCAGGCAGCCCGAGGUGCCCCCCCUCCAGGAGGUGCCUAUGGCAGCUGGGCCCCAUGCAAGGCUGUCCCACAACACACCCAGUAGUGGGAACACGAGCAGGUUAGUGGGGCAGCCCCUGACACAGCACCACAGAUGGGUUUGGGGGGCCCAGAGAAGCAGACAGCUGGCCCAGAGCCUCCAGUUUA